GGAGCGAGAGAGAGAGAGAGAGUGAGAGAGGGAGCGAGACGGAGACGAGAGAGAGGGGCAUCUGGGAAGUGGUGGAGGCUGGACUCCGGGUAGUUAAGAGCCAACCAAUGGGUGAAACUUUUUUUUUUUUUUUUUCCAAGUGGUAAAAUCCUUCUAAAACCAGGAGUGGGGGAGUGGAGGGAGCGUUUUGUACCUUCUGACUGCUCACAGGGCCAGUGCACUCUGGGUGGGAAGUGGAAGUUAACGAACACUGCACCGAAAUUAAGGAGGGGGAGAGAGGGGAGGAAAAGCUGUGAAAUACGGUCACCGCUGCAAGGGGAGGGAUGCCCCUGCCCGGCUCUGCAUCUCCAAUGGUUCUUUCUCUACAGCAUCAUCUCAGCCCAGAUACCCCACAAAAGCCCUGAGCCGUUGUGUUCCUUCACUGUACGGUUUCUGUAAUAAGAGUGUUAAUCCAUGUUAAUCUUUGUGGAAAUUACCGUGUGCGACAGUAUUUUCUUGUGUACUGCUUUUUUCCUAUGUGAAUCGUCCCUUCAUUUUUUUUCUUUCUUCGUUUUUCUUUUUCCUUUUCCUUUCCUUUUUUUUUUUCUUCUUUUUUUUCUUUUCUUUCGGUAAAUGCGUCUUCUUUUAAAGAAAAAAAAUCAACAAAACAAACAAAAAAAAAACUAAUGUGUUGUAGACCUCUAUGUAACCUAUUCCUUAGUCUCAUAUUAUAGGUAUGUUAUAAGAAUGGAUAUUUUACUUGGCUUUAGAAUGUUUUACAAGAAAACUAAUUCUUAACCAAUCAAGUUCUUGCUACUAAAAAGAAAAGAAAAUGCUUGUGUUUUUCAUCAUGACGUUGUGUGCUUCUAAUUAAUAAUCAUUUUCGUUGUAGAAAAAUGGAGUGAAUUUAUAUUAGUCUUGGAAACUAAUAAUAGCAUUGUAAAUUUAUGAGAUGAUUUUAACAGAAAAUACAUUAUAGAAGAAUAUAGUUAUUUUAAUUGUAAUAUUACUAACUGUAGGGUGAGAAAGGAGGUCCCGUUGUGGUGAACUAUGUUAUAGCUUGUUAUUCACGGUUUCUUUUUGAUCAUUUUUUCGGUCUCUGAGGUGAAACGAGUUAUUAAUCAGAAUUUGUAAACUCACAUAUGCAUAUUGUAUAUGUGUAGAAAUGUAAUCACACUUUGUCUUGGAAUUACAUUAAACUGUUUUAAGUCACUGCAAGGUUUGUGUGUCUGCGUGUCUUAUCGCUAGGUAAGUUCGGGCCGAGUGCUUGGUUACGCAGUUCCUUUUUUCAGUCUCCCAUGUCUGUUUGAAAACCCUCACUAACAGCACCAUUAAUAAUAAGUGAGUAGUUACCCCUCGGCGGCGACACUUAGGUGUGUCAGACCACAUUUCUUCCCGGAGCGGCAGAGCAUCCACGCUGAGCUGCUGGCUCUGAGCUCCAUGGAGCCCACAGGGCUGCGACUUCGCACCCCUUGGCGCUCCCUCCCCGGCACUCUGCUGGAGGCGUGGGCAGAUAGACAGCAGCCAAGUUCUUCUUUGCAUGACGCCUGAGCCCUCGUUGUUGUUCUGUGAAGCUUGUGUAUAAGACUGUAAAAAAUGUUUGUCGCUUCUCUGUCCAAGUCAGACAAAGUUAUUUCUGACUGUUUUUUCCCAGAAGAAGAAAAAACUCCUGCAGUUUGAGCAGGGCUGCUUCCGAUGGAGCCUGAGGUGACUCGCAGGAGGGAGUGAGGAUUUCAGCCAGCAGAAGGAAGCGUGAGAACAGCCUGGGAGCACCAGACCCCACCAGUGCCCCGGCUCUGGCAUCCAGGCUUCCCGAGCUCUGCAGGGAGCGGGAGCAGCUGGUGCAAAUGAACAGCACCAAGUCUGGGUCCCACCAGCUCUUCCUGAGCCAGAGGGAGUCUGUCCUGCUGCUCUGAGAGUGAUCACCUCAGCAAAACUACUUCAUUCAAGCUUUGCAAUAAUUCCAUGAAAGGAGGAACCGAAGCAUCUGGGAGCCCUUUCCCAGCUCUGUCACUCGCCCCGAUCCAUCCUUCCCUCCAACACCUACACUUCAUAUUGCUCAAAUGCGCAAAUGGAGAGACGUGGCGAGCUCGCCGACCCUAACUUCCCAUCCAGUCUCUAGAGCAGUGGCCUCAAGACAGUCCCUUGGGAUGAAGGGAGGGAAGUUUCACGUGUCACUGAGCAACAACACCGGCAUCGGCACCACGGCCGCUGCGCGCUGCGCGUACGUCCCCAACACCGCUGGCUCCGACGCGAUGCGCCGUGCCGUGAGCGGCCGCCAGAGGGCACCCGCUCACCGCUGCGCCUCCGCACGGCACGGCACGGCUCGGCCCGGCCCUGCUUGGCUCGGCUCCCCCAGCAUUUCUGCACAAGGCCGUGCCAAAGCUCAGGCUGUGGUGAAAGGAGAGAUACCAAAAAUAUAUCGAGAGGUGCACCGUUGGGAAAUUAAGAAAGGAGUACGUCCUGCGUGAGUCAAACAGUGCGGCAUUUGAUUAGCCACGUGCAGCUGAGAGGAUCGCCUUCAAAGGGUUCAUCCACCUGCAGUGGAUUGGAGAUGAAAUGUCCUCAGAGCAGCGAAAUUUUUCCUUCUUCUCAAUGGACUCAAAGGUGCACCAAAGCAUAUCAGGCAGCAGAACACAAAUGGCCUUAGCAGAAAGUACUUUGGAGUCCCAGGAAAGUCAUUUUCUACAAACGCUUUUAUCAUCAGUUACCACUCCCAUUGAUGCGACUUCCUUUAACCAAGAAGAAACGGCCAGAACUUCAGAAGGGAAAAGUACACCAUUGAUAGAUUUCUCCGUAACAAGCAAUGAGGCAUUCUUAAGUGACGACAAAUUUAUUAGCCCGUUUCCAAAGGUACAGUGGACUCCUCCACUGAAGUCUUUUGCAAUUUUAACAGAUCAUCACUCAGAUAAUACAGUAGAGGCACCAAGAGAAACAUUAGAAACUCCAUUGCUAACACCUUCAUUAUCUAUCUUUUCUUCGCCAUACGAUAUCUUGGGAACAGCACAGCAAAAGACUCCACUGAGUGCUGUCCUUGAUUACAGUACCAGUCUCACAGAGUUGGAGCCUUUUGUACCAGACAGUGGGAUACUGACUGCAAGCAGACAUUUGCCGUUGUACCCACCAGAUACAGGUAUUUAUUUCACUCCCGUUCCUUCUGAGGAGGUGGACGCAAUGUGGGAAAACAUAAACAGAAGUGUAACAUCUCUUCCUUCUGGGGCCACUUCAGAGGGGUCACCUGUCCAUCUCAAGCUGCUGGGUGAAAAUAGCCAUGCUGCAGCAGGUGCUACAGCACGAAGUGGUGACAUUUACACCCGUAUGAGUAGCAGGGCAACAGAAGCUGUCGGUGUAAGGACUGACCCCGCUCCAAGUGUUCCAUGGGCCAUAGUUGCUGCAACAGUUAGCGCUGAGUCUGCUUUGUUUUCAAUCAGUCUUCCAUUUGCAACUUUCCCAGGUCACUCAGCUGCCAUGUCCACCUACCCUGAUACAGUUCUCAAUGCCGGCUUGUUUACACAGAAAUUCUCCAGUACAGCACCAAAUUUGCCUGCUGAUUCAGAAAUACCAAGUCAAUCUGAGCUUGAUACCGAGCUCAUAAGCCCAGUGCCUUUCACGAGAUCAUACAGUUCAUGUUUAUAUUGUGACUCCGUUUCUCUUCUGCCAGAAGCAGGAUUUUCCCCAGAACACGAUGUGGGCUCAGGUGAUUAUGUUGAAACUCUGUCAUUCACAGCCUCUGAAGUACAAGGAGUAACUCCGUUUACAACUGUAAUUACCGACAAAUAUGAGUUAGAAGAGCCUACACCUGAGAUAUUCGAUACUUCUUUUCCAUCAAGACCAGUUGUUUCAUUUUCUUCAAGAUUUGCUGAAAUCCAUGAUUCGACUUUGUUUUUACUGAGCACUGUUGACACUGCUCUUGAUGAUAGAAAACCUGAGAGCUCUCCUUCUUACCAUGAGCUCCCCGGAGAGACCUCACUGGACAUCUCUGGUUUCCAGUUUUCCCUGCCUGUCGCAGGAACUGUGUCACUGGCACCAAACACUCGUGUAGAAGAUCCCGCUACCAGCACUGUUCUGUUGGAGACUGCAACCAUCCCAAGCCACCUAGUUGCAUCACAUGCAGUCAGCCCCACAACUUGGCUGGAGUCGCCAGAACUUAAGCCAUCAGAAUCCGUAUUUUUAUUUGACAAGACAUCUACAAGGGAAGAGCUGUCUUUAAAUAUUUCAGAUUUUUCAUCCAAUCUUUUAUCAACACCAUUUCUUAUUGAACCUAGCUACUUACUUGUGUCAUCAGCUGUGCUAACUUCUCACUCUGUCAUGCAGAGUGAUUUCUCAACACUGUUACCUCAGACCUCGUUGACUGGGACAUCAUUACUUUCUGAGGAUGUUUCCAGCUGGGACUUAGCUACUGCUGUCAGCUCUGCCACUGACUCUGAGGUGUCUUUGUUCUCUGUCGGGCAAAUCUCGUACUUUUACUCAAAUGCAUCCUCUGUUCCAGGUGCGCCUGUACCUGAAAUAAUACCAUCAUCAGGUUUUCCUUCCGGCUCGUCUGUGUUUCUGGAAGCAUCAUCAGUAUUGCCAGUGGGAUCCGAAGCCAUGUUUACCUCAGCUGUAUCAGGAGCUACCUCUCAGUUAGAGCCUUCCCCUUCCUCCUUGCAGUACGUGGCUCCCACCCUGGUGCUGCCCGCUUCUGACACCGGGCCUCUUAGAAGCAGUGUCCUGCUUGAUGAGACAAAUCUGAUCUCUGUGUUUACUACCUUCCCAACAACUCCUAUCUUAAAUGCGUCUUCAUCUCUGCUCUCAACUGGUCUGGCUUCGGAUGAGGAUAUCGGUGCUACAGUUAAGGCCUCACUGCUUUUAACAUCUCUCAGCGAGAGCAGCACUCACACAACAGCCCUUCUGACCGCAGACCCUGAUGGCCCAACUCAGCAUGCUGAUGCCAGCAGCAUUCUCCCCUCUCCUACAGAAUCUCUGUCUGCGACCACAUUGUUUGUUCCCACACAAUUUCCCUUGACUUCCCUCCCUCCCACGGGGUACGACGUUCCAACGGGAGCCGGUGAUGCUGACACAUCAGUUGCUGCCAGCACCAUUCCCACCACCGCUGCCACCAGCACCACGGGCAGGUCCAGUGUGUCCUCCUCCCCUCCUCUGGUGACCUCCACUCGACCCGGAGCCACCAUCCUCCCCUCUGCCACCAGCACCACCAGGCAGCCCUACGUCUGUGACAUCGCGGUCCCUGAUGUGUACCUCGUCACUGCUGUGCUGGCCCGAAGAGCUGUUCUCCAAAACGUCAGUGAAUCCAUCAGAGAAGUGCUCAGAGCUCAGUUCAGGCGAUCAGUAGAGCUAGAGGUGUAUAAAAUUUCCCCAAAGUUUGCUUUCCUGGUGACAUCAGGCCCUUUUGUUUACACGGCAAUAGCUGUCAUAAACGUGCUUGUGAACAGCAGUCUUCUCCGUGGCAGUGCCCCGCCGAUCCUCUCCCUGCAGCCUUCUUUCACUGUGCCGGAUAGCAGAUUCCAGGUUCAGACAGUGCUUCAGUUUGUGCCUCGAAACAUGGAUAUUGGGUUCUGCAACUUCAGUCAGCGCAUCGAGAAGGGGCUGACAAUGGCAUUCAUGGAGGUGAGCAAACAACACCAGGAGUUCUACAACUUCACUGUGCAGAUACUGAAUAUAACUCUGAGUAGGCCUGGGGCUGCGUUUCGUCAGGGCCCUGUGAGCAUCAUUUUUGCCAUUCGAGAUAGAUAUGGUUUUCUAAAUGGGUCAGAAGUCAGUGAACAGUUAAGAAACUUGUCCGUGGUGGAAUUCAGCUUCUAUCUGGGUUUUCCUGUGCAGCAAAUUGCUGAACCCUUCCAUUAUCCUAAACUUAACGUGUCUCAGCUGAUGAAAUCUUCCUGGGUGAGAACAGUUCUCUUGGGUGUCGUCGACCAGCGAAUUCAGGAGGAAGUGUUUCAGGCUGAGAUGGAGCGGAAGCUAGCUCACCUGUUAAACGAGGCUUUGGCCAGAGGGCGGAUAUGGAGACGAGCCAGUUUUGCAGGCAGCAACAUUGUGCAGAUUGUGAACGUGUCACGGUUAGAUGGUGUUGAUAACCCCGUGGAGCUGAUCUAUUUUGUGGAGGAUCAAGAUGGAGAGAGAUUCAGUGCUUUGAAGUGCUCAGACCUGAUGAACCGAGUAGACAUCCAGCGCGCUGCAAUCAUCCUUGGAUACCGCAUUGAUGGCACUGUUGCACAGCCUGUGGAGAAGCUGAAGGAGUCCUCCUCAGAGGCACAGAACAGCAACCUGUGGAUUAUUGUUGGAGUGGCAGUCCCAGUUGCUGUGGUGCUCCUGAUCGUUAUUAUUUUAUAUUGGAAACUUUGUCGAACAGACAAGCUGGAGUUUCAGCCAGACACAAUAAGCAACAUUCAGCAGCGACAGAAGCUACAAGCCCCCAGCGUAAAAGGCUUUGAUUUUGCUAAGCAGCAUCUGGGCCAACACAACAAAGAUGACGUCCUGAUUAUCCAUGAGCCAGCUCCUUUACCAGGACCUAUUAAGGACACUACCCCAUCUGAAAAUGGAGAUGUUCCCAGCCCCAAGUCCAAGACUUCCUCAAAACCUUCAAAGACCGUCCGACACAGAGGGAGAGUUUCACCAUCAGAUGCUGACUCUACCGCAAGUGAACAAUCCAGUGGGAGAGAGACAGGAGAAGAAACUGCAAGGCCAUCAGCUGUUGCAAAUGAGGGUAAACCACGCAGAGCCACAAAGAAGGGACCUCCUCAGAGCAGCAGUGGCAAUGAGCAGCACUCCUCAGCCUCCAUCUUUGAACAUGUGGAUCGGAUGUCGCGUUCCUCUGAUGCCAGCAGACGGGUCCCAAGCAAGAUCCAGCUGAUUGCUAUGCAGCCAAUGGCAGCACCUCCAGUUCAGAAUUCUGUGCUUUCUGAUCGAGUAGCAGAGACCAACAAAAUUAAUAAAGAGAUACAGACAGCCCUAAGGCAUAAAUCUGAGAUUGAGCAUCACCGCAACAAGAUCCGUCUUCGUGCCAAGCGCAAAGGGCACUAUGAAUUUCCAGUUGUGGAUGAUGUGGUGGUGGUUGACUCCAAAGAACAGCAUAGAAUAUACCGCAAGGCACAGAUGCAAAUUGACAAGAUCUUGGACCCUGGAGGCAGUGUGCCUACAGUUUUCAUAGAGCCCAGGAAAAGCUCUCGUGCAAAACGUUCUCCAAAGCAGCGCCGGCGACAUCAGAUAAAUGGAAGUCCUAUUGAUGCAGAAAAAGACAGGUUAAUCACAACCGAUAGCGAUGGGACGUACAAGCGACCUCCAGGAGUCAAUAACUCUGCAUAUAUUUCUGAUCCAGAUUUGCCUCCCGAACCUCAGACGUCAUCUUCAGCAGAUCUGGGGAAGUUCCCCGGCCUGCCUUCCCACCCAGUCUCCCAGUAUGUCCCACCACAGCCAUCCAUAGAAGAGGCUCGGCAGACCAUGCACUCACUCCUGGAUGAUGCUUUCGCCCUGGUGGCUCCCAGCAGCCAAGCAGCCAGUUCCACAGCCGUCACGCCGCCCGGGGUCUCUGCAGGACAGCCGAGAUAUGUGGAAUUUGGAAUGACUCCGCCAGCAGCACCAGGUCUCCUACCAAGGCAGAACUUUGGGCCAGGUUUUCUUCAACCUGCAGAGUUAAUGCACCCAGACCAGCAGCCGCCUGAGGUUCAGUAUUCCUCCAGAGGGAUAUACUCAGAGGAAAUGCCGUCGAUGGCACGACCACGACCAGUUGGAAGCACUGCAGGUUCUCAGAUACAGCACCUCACUCAGGUGGGAAUUGCUAGCAGGAUCGGAGGUCAACAAGUGGAGAUCCCCUCAGGCAGAGCAGGGCAUGGCCAGCCGGGGGGGCCAGGGUGGCCCCAGUACCGUGGAGAGGAUGAAUAUGCUAGGCGAGAUGCAAUGCAUAUGCAUGGACACCAAGAAUAUUCCUCCUCACCAGUAUUCCAGAUGCCGAGGACUUCAGCCAGGCAACCUUCGGUACCCCCUGCUCAGCUCCCACACAACAACCUUCAGGGCCAGGGCCUUUGCUACACCACCAGUUCCACUGAGGACCUCCAACCAGGUCACUCUUCAGCCUCUCUUAUAAAAGCAAUUAGGGAAGAACUUCUACGUCUUUCUCAGAAACAGACAACAGUGCAGAACUUCCAUAGUUGAUUUAGCAUUCCCUUGCAAAUCUGCCAGCUAUCUGCUUCCUAUGGAAGCAAAGACUUACAGGAAAUCAGCAAUGUUGUUCUCUCAAAAGAAUGGACUUUCACAGCUCUUUAGACAACACUUCUGGAACAAAGAAAAAGGCAGCAAAAUGAGGAGAGGAAGGAGAGACUGGGAACAAUCAUCAGUGUCAUGGCAAUCAAUGGUAACUAAUCUGUUAAUAUUACGGUGCUCCUCUUCUCUUCCUACCCUCAAUUCAGUCUAACAAACAAAUAAAACCUGAAGUCAAGAAGUCAACGCUCCGGCAAAAAAAAAAAUCAGAGGAACAAACUCCAAGUGUAGUAGACUCCUUUUUCUAAGGAGGAAGGCAAAGGUUUGCGUGAACUGAGAUGACAUUUUGCAAGAGAUUCCAAGUAUUCUGAUCUCUCCAGUGCUUAUGGGAAACUGGUUUGUGUUGCUGUUCUCCAGGAUUACAAACUAUAUCAGCUCUAGGGUGUUGAAGGUGUAAUCCCAUGUAAGAAUCACUUUGGUUGUCAGUAACAGUAGGACUUAGAAUAAAAGGCUUUAUGAACUACUUGUAACAAAACGGAACAAUAAUUGUUAAAGCUCCGUGCUUCCAAAUGGAGCUACCCUCUGCACUCUUCCUUGUUUUCCUUCUGGUGCUGAAGCUUCAAGUGUUCCUUCAUCUUCAAUGUUUGCAAAGUGAAACAUUGGCCUUGUAUAACUAAGAAAAUAUCUGUAGACUCAUUCAGGCUGGAAAAACAAAGCAAAGCAUCCAAACAGAAAGGGCUUGGUAUUUAAUUUGUUUUGAAAAUCAUUGAAAAAUAGGAAAGGAAUAUUCAGCCACAGUUGAAUCUGGGGAAAUGUGUAUGUAUGUUUUUAAUACAUAUAUAUUUACAUACUACUCUUGUAAGACCAGUGAUAAAAUAUUGCCACUCUGUAAUUUGCUUUGUGGACAGAAACCAAUCCAGCCUGACUGGUACAGGGUCACCAGCAUUAUGUUUUAAAUUGAUGUCCUAAAUCAUUGCUUAUGUUUGGAUCUGAAUAAUUUUAGUGAAAGUCAGUGACAGUUUAGAACAUUAACAUAGGCUUAGAUUUGCGGUUUGAAGACAGUUUCUAUAUUUAUACUUGUUCCCACUGUCCCUCUGGACAAAGGGUAAGCAUUAUGCCCAUGGUAAGAAUGGUACGUGCCAUGGAACUGUUUGUUGCUGUUUUUUUCCGGAGUUUUAAUUUAAUACUAGCUAUGAAUUUACUAAUAUUUGGCCAUUGCAUAACUGUAACUGACGUAAUACAUAUGGAGAUUUUACUUAAGUCAUGAUUUGUUGGAGUGUUUUUAUUUUCAGAUCAGACUGUGCAAAAGCUAACAAACUGGCACUGAGAUGGAGGGUGAGCUCUGUGUUUGUGAGAAGGCCUGGGAGCCUUGCCUCAGAAAAAAUGAAACACAAAACUAUUUGGUGCUACAGCAUGGAUAUUUCAAAUGCUGUUAGAAGAUGGUAGUAGCCAAGGAGAUCAUUGAGUGGUUGACCAGCGUAGGGCUGUAUUUGUCUUACUGGGGUAGAAAUAACAAUUGGUAAAAUGCAAGCAUGUCAUGCUGGUUUAGUAUGGUGUUCUUUGGCUACCAUAUCAGUUCCCGGCUCCAGUGUACAGUUCAGUAGCUGCAACAGAACUAGCUCAGGCUGAAAUGAAAACAGGUAGAAGGAUGCCAUGGAAGAACCCUGCGUACCUUGUUCAUGAAGUACGUAUGUAAUGUCAUUUGUUGCCAAAGCCAAGACUAGGAAGCAACUAUCUGUUCACUGAUACGAUAAAAACAAUGGCAUGUUGCUUUCUUUUCUUAUUAGAGAGCUAAGUUGUUUAUCUUUUUACCUAUUAUUGUCAGAGGACAGUAUGAAAUUGUUUGAGCGACUUCUUGUAGCAAAGCAGUAUAAAUUCAUUUCCAGUUCACUGUUCAAUACAUAGUCCUCAUGGGCACUGGUUGAGGUUUGAUUGGAGUCAGAACACCUGCAUGAUUAUGAACAGCACUAUCUACAGGUCAUUCUGUUUUGAAUUUUUAAAGCCUUUUGUGUAAUAAUCAGUUCUAGCAUAAAAAUAAAGAAACUUUUGUUUUCUGCCA